AUGAUGCACGAGUCGAGCAUGGGAGGGUACAACAGCCGGAGCCCCCACGCGCUACGUAAGCGGGCAGCCACCCUCGAAGACUUGCACGCCAUCUCCGACAGUGACCGCGCCAACGAUUGGGGACUGGGCAGUGCGCGCAUACGGGCGAAGGAGCUCAAGUUCAGCCGCGACGACAUCAUCGCGCGCGGCCACCACGGCAUCGGGUGCUGUCGGGGCUCGCCGGUGGCGAUCAAGCUGCUGCGAAACCAGAACCUGAACCGCAAAGAGCUCGAGGCCCUCCAGCGCGAAGCCGAGAUCAUGCGGUCCCUGCGGCAUCCGAGCAUCCUGCUGUUGAUGGGAGUGUGCACGGAGCGCCGCAACCUGGCCAUCGUCACCGAGUUCGUGGCGGGCCGUGAUCUGGGCGCCAUCAUCCGCGAUCGCGACGUCGACAUGACCGUGCGCCAGAAGCUCAACAUCGCCAAGGGCAUCGCCCAAGGCAUGACGUGGCUGCACUGCCUCCAGCCUGAGCCCAUCAUCCACCGCGACCUGAAGCCGGCCAACGUGCUGGUCACCAAGGACGGCAACGUCAAGGUGUGCGACUUCGGGCUCUCGUGCGUGCGCGAGAAGUUCGACCCCUCGGCGCCGCCCAAGGAGACCGUCUCCGGCACCGCCCUCUAUCUCUCGCCGGAGGUCAUGGAAGGAGUGCCCUCGAGCGAAAAGUCAGACGUCUACGCCUUCGCAAUUUUGCUUUGGGAGCUCUUUACGCGCGCCAAACCCUUCACUGAGUACAAAUCGUCGAUGGAGGUCUAUGAGGCCGUCGUGGGCGAGAAUAAGAGGCCGCCACUCACGUCGGACGUACCCGAUGCGGUGGCCGCCUUGUUGGAGGAUUGUUGGCAGAGGGAUCGGCUGAAGCGACCUUCGUUUGGGGAGAUUCUGCAGCGAUUGGACGACAUUGUCGUCGAUACCACGAUUCCCGACCAGACCGCCCGGGCUUUCUGGAAGGAGCUGCGACCACAGUAUCCGUGGUCGGUGUCGUGGCGACGCUUCAUGGAGGCCUACCACCGCUACUCCAAGUCCAACCUUCCGCUGCCGCUCUACCUCCACUCGGCGGAGGGCCGAUGCGCGCGGCUCAUUCUAGCGGCCGCCACCGAAGAUAUGACGCGCAGCAAGAGAGACAAGGAAUACAAUGUCAUGCUCGAAAGCUUCGGCCGAUUCGUGCAUCUGUUCGGCCCCUUCCGCCGCUCGAUCCUGGUCGACUUCGAGGCGCUGUGCAAGCGCGGGUGCUUCCACGGGUUGAUCGAGGCCAAGGAGGCCGAGCGCCGGCUGGGCAACAAAAAGAAGAGAAAGAAGUUUCUCCUGCGCAUGUCUGCGCGCGACCCCACCUGUCUCACCAUCAGCCGAAGGCACAAGGGCGGGUUCAGGCACAUGCGGGUGCAGAGAACGGCCCGUGGCUGGAAUGUGCCGGUGGGCAAGGACAUGCACUCCUUCGCCACCCUCGACGAAUUCCUGGACUCGCCUCUCGCCCGAAAGUCUGGCAAGAAGGGUUUGGGGCUGAAGCGACCGUGCGUGCGGGACUCAGAGUUCGCGGCGGUGCACCGAGAGGGAGGCGACUCGGACCCCUACUACGACGAGGUCCCCUCCUCAUUCGACGACCACGACGUCGACGACGACGAAUACGUGGGACAGCUACUCGCCCACAGCAACGGCGGCGUCCGUCGAUGA